AUGGCUUUAAUCUCAAACCAUGAGGGAUCUUCAAAGAAAGUGCGAAAAUUUCUCAACAAGGAGGAUAGGAUCAGCAGCUUGCCAGACUCCCUUCUUGUUCACAUUCUCUCUUUCCUACCAACAAAAUAUGCGGUCGGAACCAAUAAUAGUCCUUCCAACUUCAUGAACUUUGUUGACCGAGUACUUCUCCAUCAUGAUUUGUCCUUUAUUCAGAAGUUCCGAUUGAAUUUCCAAAAUUAUAAUGUUGAUGAUUUCUCCAAAAUACAUACAUGGACAAGUAUAGCCAUAAAACGUGGUGUUCAAGAACUUGAUAUACAGAUCUCGAAUUGCCCAUCCGUACAACGUAGCUUCCCUUUAAGUCUCUUCACUUGUCCAACAUUGGUAGUCCUAAAACUGGGAAGUUUUAUAGGUUUCAGUGUUCCUUGCUCGACCCAUUUUAAAAGUCUCAAGGUCCUCCAUCUUUCUGUCUGGUUUUUUGGUGAUGAAGUAAUGGAAAAUCUUUUCUGUAACUACCCUGUUCUUGAGGAACUGUUUAUCGAAGCAGCUUUAGAUUUGAGGGGAUUCUGGGGAGGUGAUGAUGAAGAUGAUGAGCGAGAAAUUGUGGUCACUGCACCAAAUCUUGAGGAUCUUACUCUCCAAGAUGAUUUCUUGUCUUUCUAUGAGCUAAACGACCUAAUCUCGUUGGUUAAAGCAGAUGUUAACAUUGGAGAGUGCUGCACAAAAUCUAUGGUAAUCAAAGAGCGUGCUAAUUCGGUGUUUGAGGUUCUGGAAGAGAUUUCUACUGUCAAAUAUCUAUCUUUAGGCGCUCGUACCAUGGGGGUUCUUGACCAUGCUGAUGAUGAUGAUAAUCUGCCAUUGUUCCCGAAUUUGAUUCGUUUGGAGCUGCACGUUAACAAAUGCUAUGGCUGGAAUCAUCUACUAGACUUGCUCAAUAGCAUGCCUAACCUGCAAUGUCUUGUUUUGGAGAAAUCAAAGGAAUGUGGACGUCCUGAAGAUGAUGCUUACGAGAAUUUCAAUUUUGUUGAACAACAAGUGGUGCAUCUUUGUCUGGUGAUGCACCUUCAAGACGUUAAAAUUAAUGGAUUUCGGGGGCUGAGUGGUGAGCUGAGGCUGAUUGAGUAUUUCUUGAGAAAUUCCAAAGUACUGCAUAAGAUGGAAAUUGAAAAUUUUAAUUCGGAAGAAAAGCAAGAGAGAGAGUUUCUCGACAAACUGCAAAUGCUUCCGAGGGGUUUAAUAACAUGUCAAAUUUUAAUCACCCGGAAGGAAAAUUUUGCUCCAGCCUCGACACAAAAGUGA